GAAGACCACUGGAUCCUAUUUGGGAGCAUUUUGCUACAACUCCAUUAAAAUCAUCUGGCCAUUUUUCUGCAAUAUAUAAAUAUUGCAAUACUCAAUUUAGCUGUGGGCAUCCAAAUAAACUUGAGGUGCAUCUUGCAAAAAAAUGUGAAGAUGAAAGCCUUGAUGAUGAAAUAAGAAGCAAAUAUCUUGAAAUUGCAAUUCAGAGACAAUUAUCAAAAGAAAAAACUAGUUCAAAAAAUCAAUUAAAAAAACAAAAAAUAACCUUUGCUAUGUGUGGACUUCUAUUUUCCAUAAUUGAGAAUCUAUGGUUUAUCAACAUACUUAAAUCUUUACGAUCUUUGUAUGUACUAUUUACUCGUAAAUAUCUUUCUAAUACAUUAUUAAAUGAAGAAGUGAUUAAAAUUAAUUGGGAGACUAAGAAAUACUUAAAAACUACAGAUAACUUAACACUUG